AUGUUUCUUUCUUUCCACCUAUAUACAGACAAAAUGGGAGAAAAAAAUUCAAAAGAAGCGCCGUCGUUUAUGAACAUGGGGAUGCUACUCAGUUGACACGGAGUUCUCAUUUUCUUGAGUCAAGCAAGCCCUUUCGUUUAACAUUUUCAAGGGAUUUUUGUUAGUUUCUUGCAAAUUUAUUAUUUUUGAAGAGAAGAGAGGUGCUCAAUUGACUUUCUUUGCUUGUGGACUCAAAUUUCUUGCCUUUUUCGUAUUCUUGUCACUAGAAGUUGCUAUUUACUAUUGAGUGAAGAUAUAGUUACGCUUGCACUUCUGCUGAGUUGAAAUUGUAGAGUACUGAAAUUAUAUUUUUUAUACGAUAUCUGAAAAAUUUCACCGUUUUCACUAGAAAGAAAGCUAGAGUUCUGAAUAAGAAAUCAUGGUGGAAAUUCAAAGUUCCUCGCCAAGCGGAGUGUCACCGGAAUCUGCAGAAGCCACAGUUUCUACUUCUGAACAUCAAAUAGCAGCCGAUGAACCAGUAACAACAGUGCCCAUAAAGAAACAAAGGAAUCUUCCUGGAAUGCCUGAUCCAGAUGCAGAAGUGAUAGCUUUAUCACCAAGAACUUUGUUGGCUACAAACAGAUUUGUAUGUGAGAUCUGCAACAAAGGAUUUCAAAGGGACCAGAAUUUGCAACUUCACAGAAGAGGCCACAACUUGCCAUGGAAACUCCGGCAAAGAACAAGCAAAGAAGUGAGAAAGCGUGUAUAUAUAUGUCCGGAACCCACCUGUGUUCACCAUGACCACUCAAGAGCCCUAGGCGACCUCACCGGAAUCAAGAAGCAUUUCUGCCGGAAGCACGGCGAAAAGAAUUAUAAAUGUGAACGCUGUACAAAAAAAUACGCCGUUCAGUCGGAUUGGAAAGCCCACAUGAAAACCUGUGGGACCAAAGAGUACCGGUGUGAUUGUGGCACAUUAUUUUCCAGGAAGGAUAGUUUUAUUACGCAUAGAGCGUUUUGCGAUGCGUUGGCGCAGGAGAGUGCUCGUUCUCUACCGACGGUGAUAACAAUCUCGGAAGGAGAUUUGAAGGUUGAGAAUGUUCCGGCUGCGGCGGUCAAGCUGCUAGAACCUAGUCCUCCGCUGCCACCUCUUACACCGUCUACUGGUGUAUUAUCUCCAGUUCUGUCCAUUCAAAGUCCAGCAGAAUUGCCAGAAAAUAAAACGAUGCAACCCGGAUCGGCAGCUUUAUCUACAUUGGUCACCAACACCAAAACAACCGCUGCUACCACUGCCGCAUUUGGCAGCGGCGGCUCUGGCUCUCUUGGUAAUGCCGCCACCACCAAUGGAUUAUUUGCUGGAAUAUUAACUGGGUCAACCUCCAGUGAACUCUCUCAAUCAUCAAUUCAACCAACACCGUACUCGGACCUGUUAUGUGCUAUGUCCGGAUCAAAGCGUACCGGCAACCCCAUCGAUCCUAUGUCACUCUCCCUUUCGCCGGCUUUAUAUCCCUCCAAUGGUGCAUCGGCUUUGUUCUCCUCGACAUCACAGGAUCACCAGAGGUAUUAUGCAUCAAAUUCACAGCCAGCAUUAUCGGCAACUGCAUUGCUUCAGAAAGCUGCUCAGAUAGGCGCUACAUCAUCGAAGUCCUCAUUACUUGGAUUGGCAAUGUCAUCUUCAUAUGAUCUUCUAGAUAAUGCCUCGACCAUGGCUUCUAGCACCACCGGCCGCCCAAUGCUUUGGAACCAUCAGGUGAAGCUCGAACACAAUUUGUUGGCAUCCGGGCUUGGUCUUGGGCUACCCUCAAGUAGUACUCCCGGAUCAAAUGACUUGAUGUUGGGACAGUCGACACUCUUUGACAACAAUCCGACUACUCUCGACUUCCUCGGUCUAGGAAUGGGCGGUAGUGAAGUAGUCCCUAGUGGGUAUUCAGCCUUCCUAACAUCGAUUGGAGGUGGACUCGAUAUGUCCACUUCUUCAUUUGGUGGCGUGAACACGGCAAGAGAAACUUGGGACGAUUCCUCGGAUGGUAAGCCGUCUUUGCUACGAUAAGAGUUCAUUUUCUAUUUUUUUCGUUUCUUGCAAGUGCUUCCAUACAUUAAUUUUAGCUCAAUUCAAGUUUUAGGUUUACUGCUAAGGGAACUUGAAAGAAGGAACCUGUGUAUAUUGUAGUAACGUGGUAGUUGUUUUUAAGAUUAAGAUAUUUGUACAAACUUUGAUCGACAAAAACUUCGACUCACUUUCACUGUCUCACAUGCAUGUGGUCCUCAUGGAUUAAAUAAUUUUGACA